AUGGCAGCGAACUAUUGGACUUCUACGCAAAAGCAGAAUUGGCUGUUCGAGACUUACGAAAUCGCUGACUUACGAGAAGAGAUUGGCAGACAACACAUGAAAGCGAUAGAGCAGUAUCCACUUCCAGAUAGACGUCUUAUGUUUGUGUUCAUGAAGGACAGACUUAUGCAACUUGGCAAACGUUUGCAAUUCCGCCAGCAAUGUGUGGCAACAGCUCUGGUCUACUUGCAUCGAUACUUCCUCUUUAAUGCCAUGCAAAACGUCAGUAUCUAUCUCUUGACGGCGACCGCGUUCUAUCUAGCUUCAAAAACCGAAGAGUGCCCUCAUCACAUCCGACUUGUGGUAUCUGAAGCACGGCAAUUGUGGCCGGAGUACAUUCCCAAUGAUCCAUCACGACUAGGCGAGAUGGAAUUCUGUUUGAUCUCCGAAAUGCAUUCGCAACUAAUUGUAUGGCAUCCAUAUCGCUCCCUUACAACUCUGAAGGAGAACCAAAAAUUGGCCUUGACGAACGAGGAACUCAGUCUCGCUUGGUCGAUCAUCAACGACAGCUUCAUGACGGAUCUGCCACUCAUACAUCCACCAUACCUGAUCGCGAUUACGGCCAUGUUCUUGGCUGUCAUCUUUGUCCCUAGUAAAUCGUCCUUGGAUCUCAAAUCUCCAGUAAUAGACUACCAAUCAAUGCUAGAUGCCACCCGAAUGAGCUCACUUGGUGGUAGAGUCGGCGUUUCUAAUUCAAUCGCGAGCGCACUCAAUGGUUCAACUAUGUUACAUCCUUCGCAUGAUGUGUCAAAACAGCUUUCUCAGCAACAAAAUAAUGCCUCAAUCAAGGCAAGAACACUUGUAGCAGCGGCGAACUCGGAGAAGAUGCAGCACAUCAUCGAAUUCCUCGUUGAAUCAGAUAUUGACGUUAAGGCCAUGAUUGAUGCGACGCAAGACAUCAUAAGUCUAUACGAGAUGUGGGAGCAAUACAACGAGAAGACGGUCAAAGAGGCGGUCGGAAGAUGUAUACGCGGUCAGCAUCUUGAUACUUGA